GACACGCGGUUUUGACGUUUUGCCAAUCGCACGCGUCUCGUUAUGUCCGCACGUUCACGGAGCGACACGAAAAGUAUUCAACGGCCGAGCAACAGGUGUUUUUGAUAACAAUUAUUAUUGCCCCGGCCGUUCUUGUGCGGCGGUCACCGCGCUCGUAUUACACACAAAAAACACACACUAAAGAGCAAUCGCAUAUACGGUCGUCGACUCAAUUGAUCUCAAAUCAGUUAAAAUACUAGAUUUCGAACCUGGUACUAUCGAUCAUGAACGUGACGGCGGAUACCGAAGACCAGUACGUGCCGUAUUCGGAAAGGCCCGAGACCUACAUAGUGCCGGUGAUUUUCGCCAUGAUAUUCGUGGUGGGAGUCCUUGGCAACGGCACCCUGGUGUUGAUAUUCGUCAGGCACAGGAGCAUGAGGAACGUACCCAACACUUACAUGCUGAGCCUGGCGCUCGGCGACCUGCUGGUGAUCCUGACGUGCGUGCCGUUCACAUCCACCGUUUACACCGUCGAAUCGUGGCCGUACGGCGAGCUCAUCUGCAAAAUAAGCGAAGCCACGAAAGACGUUUCCAUCGGCGUAUCGGUGUUCACUUUGACGGCGUUGAGCGCCGAGCGUUAUUGCGCCAUAGUCAAUCCAAUUAGACGUCACGUGUCGUCGAAGCCGUUCACACUGAUCACUGCCGUGGCAAUCUGGAUUCUGGCCAUCGUGUUGGCCAUCCCGUCUGCUACGUUCUCGUACGUGGCCACCGAAAAUUUACCGACCGAAAACGUCACGUUGGAAUACUGUUACCCGUUUCCGUCCACGUUAGGCAACGGCUACGUCAAGAGCAUGGUGGUGUUCAAGUUGCUCACGUACUACGUGAUCCCGCUGUUCGUCAUCGGCGGUUUCUACUUCCUAAUGGCCCACCACUUGAUGGUGUCGGCCAGGAACAUGCCGGGUGAGCUGCAACACACCGGCCAGUCCGGUCAGAUCCAGGCCAGGAAAAAGGUGGCGAAAAUGGUGUUGUCUUUCGUCAUAAUAUUCAUGGUCAGCUUUCUGCCGUACCAUGUGUUCACCGUGUGGUUUCACUUCUAUCCGUACUCAAAGGAAGUGUACGACGAUUAUUGGCACGCGUUUCGCAUAGUCGGCUUUUGCCUGAGCUUUCUCAACUCGUGCGUCAAUCCCGUAGCCCUGUACUUCAUCAGCGGCGUAUUCCGUAAACACUUCAACCGGUACUUGUUCUGUUGGUUCCCUUUUGCCCGGCCCAUCGGGCACAUCGGCGGCGGCGCCAUCCUAGGCACCGCCGCCGAGUCAACCGCUCAAGACAUCAACCUCACCCGCGUGAACAGCACGUCAUGCCGCCGCCACAACUCGGUCAUCACCAGUCACGUGACUCUCAACAGUUGCCAUACAUGACGAAAGCGCCGAGCCUCGAAAAUCGCCGCUGGUAGAAUCAGACAGUCUCGGCCGGCGUCCAAGACCAGAAAUUGUAACGUCAUUUGAUUCGAUAGUCACCCAGUAACGGCUUGCCCGAAGUGGAUCGUUCGUUUUUCGGUUUGUUCGGAACAAACAAUCACGAUUAUACUCGCAAAGGUCGUUUGGAUUCUGACGGCCAUUUUUGAUUUCAUUUCGAUGCGACGAUAUCGGGACAGUGGUGUUAAUCUAUUACCGAUUACUAGUUAUUGACAUAAACCGUCUUGAUAUGUCUUGAUACUUCUUUGACUUCGAAUAAGACCACCAGAUCAGUGGAACUUCGCAACCAAAGCAUUGGAUAGUAAUUGUGUUGCCACAAUUCCACGGUCCUUAUGCCAUACAAAAGGAAUCGGCAAGCCAAAUUCUGUCUUUCAACAAAUCUCUAUCCGCCAUUGACUGCGUGCAUUUAUUUACGAAAUCCAUCCUUUUCGAACAUUUUUUCGGGUUAAUGCUACUUCUAAAUUUCUUUAAACUAAUAUUUCUUACUUAAUCGUUUCACUGUUUUAUUCUUUCAUUACGCCCAAAUCAUCUUUAUCAAUUUUCUCUCAGUUUACUCCUUUUUCCCUCGUUUAUACUUUAUCAUUUAUUCCUGAUUUUGUCUCACAUGGUCAAUUUCUCUCAACGCCGAACGGUUAAUACAAACAAAAUUAUAUGAUAGAACCCUUUUUUAAUUGUACAGAUCUCUACUGUCCUUCCUUAAGGGACCAAGGUUAACUGGAUAGGGUAUGUACUAUUGGUAAUCAUAGAAUCUGGAAAUUUCCAAUUAUACCUGCCUUUCUUACUCCGACGCAUGAAAACAUCCUUACUCACUGCCAUCUUCACCUCUGUAUCAAAUUAUAAUAUCAUUUAUUAUUAUAAUUUGUACAGUGUUAAAAAAUUAAUAAAAAUAUUUUAUUUUUCACUUUAAUUUCUUACUACUGGAUUAUCAUUCCGGGUUUUGCAAUACAUACUAUUGUUUAUUCCUAGUUAUAAUUUUGAAUAGCAAAGUUAAACCUAUUUCAUGUAUUUCAAUGUCUACAUACAAUAAUAAUCUUGAUAUUAUAUAAUAUUUGUUUUUAAAAAUAUUUUAAUAGUUUAGUUGGUGAAAAAAGCUUUUAAUUCUGUAUUUACCGUCCAUGCAAAUUUGUAUGAAUGCAUCAAUUAUAUAGUAAGAUUGUGUAAUAAGAUUAUGAUCUGAAAUUGGUUGGACUCAAGUUGUCUGUUUGCCUUUUAAACAAAAGAUGCAAAUUUCAAUUGUUUUUUUUACGGAAAUAACCAAAAACUUAUACUCUGACUUAGCCCAUUAACAUCACAAGAAUAAUAGUUUUAAUAAAAAUUGAUUUAUUUCUAUAAAUAUAUUACAUUUCUACGUAAUAAUAUAUAAUAUGUAAUACAACGUUAUGUACGUUUUAUCAAAUCUAUAUUAUCUGACCCUAUGCAUUAUAGUUUAACCUUUAACCUAACAAUAUAAAUCCUCAUUCUUAUUCUCUCCAAUCUGUAUAAGGCUAAGUAGAAAAAUGGUUUCAUCUCCCUAUGUUUCUCGUUGUAUGGGUUAACUUAAUUUGUUAUGUUACGAUUAUUAAGUAUUUAUGCUUGUAUGCCAUUGUUUGAUUAAACUCUGAGGCACUGGUCCUUCAAAAAUAAAAAAUAAAUGCAAUCACUAAAGAGAUUUCCAAAACUUGGAUAAUCACCAAAAUUUAUAAGCAUAACGAUCAAAUAAAUAGUUUCCAUAUAAAUGCGAUAAAGAAUUUUAUUAAACGAAAAGAAUAUUACAUUUUUUUUUAUUGACAGUGUUUAAGGAUAUUACAAAAAAUAUUUCAUGAAAUGCCUAAAUAUUUACAUUUAUUUUAUAAAAAAACAAAUAAUACUGCUUUAUUAGUCUGAGAAAUUUAAGAGCAUUUGGUAUCCUUACAGUUACCAAUAAAAGGAUAGUUCAUUCAUCAAUGUGAACAGUUUAUUUUAUAAUAGAAUUCCUCAGAAAACCGAUUUAUAAUUUUAAUUUUCAAUUGACAUUUUUAGAAAACAGCAUAAAAACUAAGUUUUUCUUAUAAACUGAACAAUAUAUGAACUUUUACAUAAUAUUUUUUUCCAUUUGCCAUUUGCACACAAAUCAUUUAAAAUUCAGCUCAGUUAUAACCAAUGUAGGCUAUGGCAAUAAUAAUUGUUCAUUUGAUAGACAAUAACUCUACCCACUUCCCAAGUCUAUUUAUUUUUAGGCUCAAUUACAAAAUAAGGACUAUGACAACCAGUCAAUGACGAGAUCCUUUAGAUAUUGAAAUUUUAGGAACUUUUGCGAAACUUGACUGACAAAGUAAACUUUUCAUGUAAACUAUUUAUUUUGGGUUCGUGUUUGAGGCCAUCCUUAGGGGUGGAAUUUUCGAAAAGUACUAUGCCGGUUACCUUCGCGGGAGUGUACUCAAUAACUUCCCAAAGUUUCAUGGCAAUCGAAAGAAUGGUGUACUAAUGCAUAAAUGACACACACAUACAUUCAUUUUUUUAUAAAUAGAUAGAUAAAUAUACUAAACCCAGUAAUUUAAACAUUUCAUUUCUUUAGAGCAAGUCAUAUGCCAUAUUUUUCAAAGAUCCUUAACCUUAAUAGUUUAUUAAGAUUAAGAAUUCUGCACAACGUUGUAUUUACGAGUAUAUCUGUGCCAAAAAGUUUAGGUAAUAAAUAGUUCCUUAACUUUGUGAAAAAAAUAAGAAACUUGGUAUUUUUUAAGUGUUAUUUACUUUUAUUUUUGAGCCUUGAAGUUAAAAUA